AUGGGUGAUUUCAAUGCUAUUCUCAGGGGUGAGGAUAGGAAUACUACAGUCAUGGAUGCAGAAAUUAGGGAAUUUGAGAUUCUGAUGACAAACGCCGGUUUAUAUGAACUCAAGACUAUAGGGAGAUUUUUUACUUGGACUGAUUCUCAUGUCCACAGUAAAAUUGACAGGGCUUUAGUUAAUGGAGCUUGGAUGAGCAAAUGGCCUCAUUUAGAGAUGGAAAUAAAAGACCCUCAUUUCUCUGAUCAUUCUUUACUUUGUGGAAGAGUUCAACGUUGUCCCAUGGAGAAGAUUUGGAAGAAGCUUAAGCUGAUGAAAGGAGCCAUGAAAGAAUUGAAUUCGAGAGAGUUUUCUAAUGCUGAAACUAAAGUUCAAUCAUUCAGGAAACAACUUGAAGAUGUCCAGAUACUACUCAGAACCUCCCUCACUUCCCUCACUGAUCAACAAGUAUAUGACAAAGAAAAGGAGAUAAAACUAAACUCGGAGAAAUGGAUACUGGUGGAGGAAAGUAUUCUCAGGCAGAAGUCUAGAAUACAAUGGUUGGAUUGGGGGAUACGAAUUCAGCUUUCUUCCACGCCACUAUGA